CACACGGAGUAGUAUGUUUCGGGCAUCGCAUCUUUCUGUUUGCUUCAGUGAAGAUGUCGGUGUGCCCUCAUAGGGUUACUAAUUAAUACGACUUCACUUUAUUUAUUUUAUCCGAGCGACGAGGUUGAAAGAGCAUCGUUUGACAAUUACGCACACCUUUCUCUCCAGAAGAGACGAAUAAAUCAACGCCGGUCGGCGUGAUCUAUGCCCGCCGGUUAUCUUUUCCCUCCGAACCCCUCCGGUUCCCAGUCGGACUUCUGGCGUUUGAGCUGGAUAUGUUGACAUUAACGUAAGCAUGGAUGGAAUGAUCAGUCUGUUGGGGCUCCUCGCGCUCUGUCUGGAAGGCAUCUACUGCCAAGGAGUGUACGCGCCUCCUAGUGUCCGGAUUGUGCACUCGGGCCACGCCUGCAAUGUGGAGGAGGAGCGCUACUCGGAGCGAGUCUACACCAUUAGGGAGGGCGAGAUCCUGGAGCUCACCUGCCUCGUCACCGGACACCCCAGGCCUCAGAUCCGGUGGACGAAGACGGCGGGCAGCGUGUCGGACCGCUUCCAGGACUCCAGCGUGUUCAACGAGACGCUGCACAUCGCCAAAAUCCAGCGACACCAAGGCGGACGCUACUACUGCAAGGCCGAGAAUGGGCUGGGCUCACCGGCCAUCAAGUCCAUCCGUGUGGACGUCUACUACCUUGACCCCCCGAUCGUGACCGUGCACCAGAGCAUUGGCGAGGCCAAGGAGCAGUUCUACUACGAGCGCACGGUGUUCCUGCGCUGCGUGGCCAACUCCAACCCUCCCGUGCGCUACAGCUGGCACCGCGGGCGCGAGGUGCUCUCCCAGGGCUCCGACAAGGGCGUGGAGAUCUACGAGCCCUUCUUCACACAGGGGGAGACUAAGAUCCUGAAGCUGAAGAACCUGCGGCCCAAAGACUACGCCAACUACAGCUGCGUGGCCUCCGUCCGCAGCGUCUGCGGCAUCCCCGACACCAACGUCAUCUUCACGCUCACCAACAAGACUGCGUCUCCCUCCAUCAAGCUGCUGGGCGAGGACCCCAUCGUGGUCAACCCUGGCCAGACGGUGGCGCUGGUGUGCAUCACCACGGCAGGUGAGCCCCCGCCGACACUCACCUGGACCACGGGAGGGGGCGGCGCUCUGCCGGAGAAGAGCCAGGUGAAGGACGGCACGCUCACGCUGCGCUACAUUUCCUCGGAGAUGUCCGGCGUCUACAGUUGUGUGGCCAGCAACAACGUGGGCAACCCGGCCAAAAAGUCCACCACCAUCAUCGUCAGAGCACUGAAGAAAGGUCGUUUCUGGAUCACGCCCGACCCGUACCACAACGACGACAACAUCCAGAUCGGCCGCGAGGUGAAGAUCUCGUGCCAGGUGGAGGCCACCCCGCCCGAGGAGCUGGUGUUCGGCUGGCUGAAAAACGGCCGGACGUUGCGCAGCUCCGAGCGCAUGGUCAUCACGCAGACGGACCCGGACAUCUCCCCCGGGACCACCAACCUGGACAUCAUCGACCUGAAGUUCACCGACUUCGGCACGUACACGUGCGUGGCCUCGCUCAAGCACGGCACCAUCCCCGAGAUCAGCAUCGACGUCAACAUCUCCUCCACCACUGUCCCGCCGAGUCUGGCGGUGCCGCGGGGCAAGUCACCGCUGGUGGCCCGCGAGGGCGAGACGGUGGAGCUGGAGUGUGUGGUUACAGGGAAGCCCAAGCCCAUCCUGCUGUGGACGCGCGCCGACCGCGAGGCGCCCAUGCCCGACGGCAGCGCCCAGAUGGAGAGCUACGACGGCGUGCUGCGCGUGGCCAACGUGUCGCGCGAGAUGAGCGGCCAGUACCGCUGCCAGACCAGCCAGUACAACGGCUUCAACGUCAAGCCGCGCGAGGCCGUGGUCGAGCUCAUCGUGCAGUACCCCCCGACGGUGGAGCCGACUCACAUGGAGAUCCGUCAGGGCCUGGGCCGCACGGUGGCCAUGAGCUGCCGGGUCCUGCGGGCGCACCCGUCGCGGGUCCUGCGCUACGAGUGGCGCCUGGGCGCCAAGCAGCUGCAGGCGGGCCACUUCGACUCGCGGGACGAGACGGAGUACACCAUCCGCGCGCUGGCCCGGGAGAACUACGGCGAGUACGUCUGCGAGAUCAUCAACGAGGCCGGCGCCGGGAGAUGCGUCUUCAACGUCACCGGCCGGGCCUACGCGCCGGAGUUCUACUACGACACGUACAGCCCCCUGUGGCAGAACCGGCCGCGGGUCUACGGCUUCAAGCUGCAGUGGACCCAGAUGAAUCCGGACGCCGUCGACCCCAUCGUGGCCUACCGGCUCGGCAUCCGCCAGACAGGGCAGCAGCGCUGGUGGGAGCAGGAGAUCCCGAUGGAGCCCCCCAUCAGAAAGGGCGCGCUCAUCAACUACAACCUGACGGAGCUCAUCCGUCCAGAGGCUUACGCCGUGCGCCUCACUCCAAUCACACGCUUCGGAGAGGGAGACUCCGCUGUACGCAUCGUCACCUACAGCGCUCCCAUCAAUCCACAUUUACGCGAGUUCCACUGCAGCUUCGAGGAGGAGCCCAUCUGCUCGUUCAUCCAGGACAAGAACGACGACUUUGACUGGACGCGACACAGCGCUGCCACGCGCGACACCAAGUACACGCCCAACACAGGCCCCAGCGGGGACAGAACCGGCUCCAAGCAGGGUUUCUACAUGUACAUUGAGACGUCCAGGCCUCGGAAGCUGGGGGACAAGGCCCGACUGGUGAGCCCGGUUUUCAACGUGGCUCCCAAAACCCCCUAUGGCCUCACCAACCCUCCGACAUACUGUUUCAGCUUCUUCUACCACAUGUACGGCAAGCACAUCGGCACCCUGAAUGCGUUCCUCAAGCAGAAGGGUCAAUCGGCUUCAGCAGAAAGCCCCGUGUGGACGCUCACUGGUAACCAGGGCGACCGCUGGAGGCAGGCCAAAGUCAGCGUCCACCCAACAGCAUCUUUCCAGGUGGCGUUCGAGGGCGUCCGCGGUCCCGGGAUCGAAGGAGACAUCGCCAUCGACGACGUGGUGCUGGAGGAGGGCGAGUGUCCCAACACUCCACCCAAUCCUGAAGAGUCCAGGGCUCCACCCAGGGAAAUCCAUAUAUGGCUCCUUCUGGUCACCGUGGCGAUGGCCUUGCUGAGGGGUCAGAGGUGA